AUUAAUUGGUGAAAUUAUAUUCUUUAGAAAUUCUACACCAAUAGUGCUUUUCUUAAAGUACUUUCAGUUUAAAUUAAGCAGCUUUAAUUUAUUUCACUCACUGCUGCUGGCUAUGACUACCUCUUGAUCCCUGCUGCUCUUAAGAUUAAAUCGUGCAUAAAAGGUUUAGCCUUUUCUGUCAAAGGAUAUCAUCAAACAAAGAACAUCCUAAAAUCGAAGUUUAAAGAUACCAGUGAAAAAAGUCAGCGCCUAUAUGUGCAGAACAUCAUGGAUUUACCUAACCUACUGGGAACACACUGCAGUAAGAUCCACGCAUUUUACGAUAAACUUUUCUUUACCGUUCAAUCACUUGAAACUGCGAAAAACUAAAAAAAGGUAAACGGGUAUGCUCGUAUGUGCCUUAAUAAAUUAGAGGGAGUUCGGAGUGAUUUAGUGCGCAUGGAUGAUAAUCAUAAGCAAUGGGAUUUUAUCCAACUUACUGACGCACAUAGGAAAUGGACGGAGAGAAAUCCCAUCAAAAUUCAUGAUAAGCAUGACGUUAAGAACAUUAUGCCAAGACAUCCCCGAUUUAGUGCAUUGCAAACGCGCCAACACGAAGUUAAACAAAACGAUGUUUUUAUUGCAAUGGUAAAGUUCCUACGUCAGCAGAACGUAAGAAAUUUCUCAGCGCUAAUCGCAUAAAUAUUUUAUAUACGCUAGAUAGCGCAUCUGCAUAACAAAAAUUGAAGCCAAAAGUUUUCUCCUUGAGAAAAGACCGUAGCCAUAUUGGUCGUUCCCACUCGUUUAUGAAAUACUAUGAUAAACGCUAAAUUUUAGUACAUUUUUGCAUUGAAAAUACAGUUUGGAUGCGACUACUUUGAAAUUGUUACAAGUUACUGGAAAUUUUACAAGAAAAACGUUGAUUGGUGCUGUUUCUUUCGUUAAAUCGCAUUUUGAAGCCAAUAAUUUGGAAUCAAAGUGCUAUUUUAAUUUGUACUGCCAGAACUAAAAAUACUGAAUGAUUAAAAUCUGGUGAAAAUAUAGCACGCUGUAUUGCCAAUUUUCUCCACAUUCACAAUAGAAAUUGUAUUAAAUAACACGCUUCGUGGGAACGACCAAUAUGGACGCCACACGUAAGCCGCGACUGCGAUCAUUCUUGAAUUUUUGCCUGCUGACAGGGUGGGAUGCACUAUCUAGUGUAUAUAAGAUAUCGAUGGCUAAUUGUCUUGCUUUAAUUGCUCUGAGGAGGACAUCAGGCUUUCGAGUGUUGUAGCAAAUCCAACUGCGCUAUUACAAGCAAAGGCAUCAUAAUUAUAUUUGCGAAAAUUCCUAUGAGAACCAACCUACCACCAGUUCAACGGAUUCCCGAUUGGCAAUGUUUUUCGAUGGCUGGACAGCACAGUAGCUCUCCAUUAGAUACGGAGUGGUGAAUGUGAGGAUCUAAAGCAAUUCCUAAGGAAACGGGUAAGAAAGAUACAGGAAAAGAACUACAUCCAGUGGAGACACAAUUCUGAACAAGAUAAUCCUGCAGACCUAGCGAGAAGAGGUCGUAAAGUGACUAAAGGAAACGAUCGGUGGUGAAUGGGUCCAAAUUGGUCGACAACGAAAGACAAUUGAUUAGAGAAGAUGACAACUAUAGCAACGGACGAAAGUCUGGCGGAAACAAAACCUGUAACACAAAUAUUUGAAACUGCAAACCUGCUACAUAAAAGUUCAAAGAAUUGCUGAACAAAUACGAUCUCUGGAAACCUUAAGAAUUUAUGGAUGGAUUUUAAGAUUUAUCCAGAACAUUAGAAACAAGGACAAAGAAAGAGUGGUCCAUUGACAACAAAGAAAAUUAACAAUCGAAGAAUUUGGUGGAUAAAACGAGUCCAACAUAGGUCUCGAAAAACCUAGCUUAGGUAUUGAAAGGCCGGCACAGGUACUGAAAAACAUUUGCUAUGACAAAGCCUAAAAACAUUCUCGUUUUUCAUAUGCAUUGUAAAAUGGUAGUGAAGUCUUUCGUUAUUAUUGCGUCCUAUUUUUUUCGUGUUUUACUAUUUACAUAUGAGGUAUUUUAAUGAACGGUUUGGUGAAAGUGUUUGAGUUAACGUUUGGUCAUAUUGUGGUGAGAGUUGUCUACCUUGUGAAAAUAUAAAACCUUUGACCAUACAUACGUGGAAGUCACGCGAGAUCGUGCGCCUAACACACAUUGCGCAUAAGUAAGGAGGCUACAGCAUGCUGUGAGAAAUAUUUAAAAUUCUUUAUGUUGUCAAAUUUCAUUCACGUCAAAGUAAGUUGAAGAUAUUUUUCGGGUGAUAAAUGAUUAUGAUAUCAAGAAAUAUUCCUUCCAUCUAAUAAAACGGGAGCAACAUUAUGUCUGUCUUGAGCUCAGAGAUGAGAACUAAUGGUUUUAAGUUGAUGAGGUUGAUUGUUGAUGUUGGUGGAGAAGCUUUGAGAAUAACAUUGAGGAAACAACUGUCAGGUACUGAUUUAUUUUAUGUUUUAAAUGAUCCCGAAAAUGCGCAACUACUCAGUAGACUAAUCCAUUCACAUCAAUGGGAUCUACUGUAUCCAGAUCCUUCAAUAUUACCAAAUGAAAAUAAGUUUGACAUUACUUUACUUUGUAUACUCCUGCGUAAUAUUUGCGAUUUAAAACCACCUCGUGAUCCAAUAUGGACGUCAGUAAAUGACCCAAAUGAUCAUUCAACUGAAGCAGAUAUUACCCGUAUCAGGUUAUUUCGUAAUGAACGUUUUGCUCACUUACCUAACACUUCAGUAAGCUUUGAUGAAUUUGAAAAUCAUUGGGUGGAAAUAAGCGAACCAUUAGUUCGUUUAGGAAUAAGUCAGGAAGAAAUAGAUAGAUUGAAAAAUGAGUUGUUUGGUAAUGAAGAACGUGAAAGAAUUGUGAAAGAAUGGGACAAAUUCAAAUUUGAUGUACAUAAUCGUUUGUUUGUAAUUGAAAGUAAACAGGAAGAAAUGAUAAGUCAUCAGGAAGAAAUGAAACGUCACCUAGUAAGUUGUAACUUUGAAAUUGAAAUUAGACAUCAUAAUGAAAAAUUUCUAGAGGGAACUCGGGAAUGGGUUUUUGAUGAGUUUUUGGCUUGGUUCGAAGACGACAGUUCUCAAAAUCGUGCAUUUAUUAUUUCUGCUGUUGCUGGCAUGGGUAAAUCUGUAAUUGCAGCUACUUUAUGUAAACGUUAUUCGCACUACUUGACUGCAGUUCAUUUCUUUCAACACAACAACAGUCGUUACAAUAAAGCCAAUGUACUUCUUCAAUCUUUAGCGAUGCAAGUUAGUCGUAAUUUUCCUGCUUACAAACAACUUCUUGUGACAAAACUUUCGGGUCAACUGUGUGAGCCUUUGAAUAACAUGAAUGUGGAAGGAUUAUUUUCCCUUCUUUUUACUGAGUUGUUUGUUACAAUUUCGGAGUUUCCUAAGCGAAUUCUAGUGGUGUUGGAUGCUCUUGAUGAAUGUGGUUAUCCAGAAAGAGAUGACCUUGCUAAGUUGAUUGCUAAUCACUUGCACAAACUUCCGUCUUGUUUUCGCUUUGUAAUUACCACGAGACCUAACGAAGUCGCUUUGAAUAAGUUCGAAGAAUUAAAUCCACUGUUCAUUAAUUGUAGCGAUGAUCGCAAUUUAAAGGAUAUUAAAUUUUUGAUUAAAGAAAGAAUUGGCUCUACUAACAGCCUUUCUUCUAUUUUGGCAAAAAAAGCUGACGGACAUAUGUUGCUUGCAUCGCUUCUUACCAGCGAAGUCAAAAAUCAGGAACUAUUGAUUGGAUCCUGGCCAAAGGAUAUUAAUGAGUAUUAUGAAACUUGCUUAAAAAGAUUGGGUAAUGAAUUAAAGCCUUUUGGUAUCAAUGACGAAAAAUUUCUGUCAUUUUUGGAUGCUUUAGUUGUUGUUAAGGAACCUGUUCCUUGGGAAAUGAUUUUUGAUGUACUUUGUUUAAAACGCACCUCAUAUAGGGUUGAAAAAAUUAUCUCAUGCCUGUUUGUUAUCAAUGAAGAAAAAUGUGUGUCGUUUUUUCACAAAUCCUUAAACGAUUGGCUGGUUUCUAAUCAUAAGCAUGAUUACUCAGUAAAUAUUUUUUACGGUAAUCGACUUCUUUUAGAUUUUUGCUUAAAAACAUUGGAUAAUCUCAAAGCUGAAGGUGUAAACUAUGACGUCAUUAAACAUGCGUCAGUGAGAUAUUCAGUCAAGUAUUGGUUGCUUCAUUUACUUGAUAUUUCUAAUAAUGAUUAUAUCGUUGAAAAUGUUGGUAAAUAUUUUCUUGACUUGGAAGUUUUAGUUGCUCUUUUGUUGGUUGAUUGUCGUCGUACUUUCGAAAAUUUUGAGUUAUUUAACGCACAUGAUGUGUACUUUCUUAUUUCUGAGGACAUUCGAUUGUUAUUUAAUGAAGUUUAUUCUGUAAUGACGUACUCUAUGCCUUUUGACAAUGAAGUAGAUUUUUUGCAACUCGUUGCCGACGAAGUCAAAGAUCUUUCGUCUCAAGCCACCACAGUGCUUCAAACACGUUUCAAAGAUUCACCAUACCUAGAGCUCAGAGACACGGGUUUUGUAAAGGCUCGAUUAUUACGUUUAAAUCAAUAUUUGAAGUCUGUUGAUGUUUCACGAAAUCAUGAUUACGUCGUCUGUGGUUAUUAUGGAUUCGUCGUGCAACUUUUUUCAUUGAGAACAAACAGAUGUUUAUGGAUAAAAAAUAUUGCUGGUCAGUUUAACCAAUAUGAAGAGAUAAUCCGUUGGGUUGUAGUGAAAAAAUUUUCCGUUGUCUUUCAUCCAUUCAAGGAUUUGAUUUUUGCUUCCCAGCUUGAUAAGGUACUAGAUAUUAAUGGUAAAAUUUCCUCCAGUCCGUUCCAAUGUGAUGAUUAUACUUCUAAGUUCUUUACCAACAAAUGUUUUUCUAAGGAUAAGUACGAAAUGGUCACUAGUUAUCAUUAUACUUUGACAGUAUGGGACGUUGAGAAAGGUAAGAAGAAACGCAGUAUUAGAUGUAAUAAUGUGGUGACCUCACUGUGUUUUUCUAAUUCUGGAAGAUAUUUGUGUGUUAUUACGAAAGAAGGAGUGGUUCAAAUAUUUGAUGUAGCGAAUAAUUAUGAAAUAUUUGUUUACGACGUUCAUUUACCGUCUAAAGAAUUAAGUGAGGAUGGAGUUUUGUUCAGUGUUGGUCCUUAUUCUUGGCGUUGUUGCCAUCGUUUUCGUAGGAGUGAGCAUUUCAUUGUAAAUUUCACUAGUGAAACUUCCUUACUUAGGUCCUCAUUCUCAAAUUUCGUUUUUAUCUCUUGAUCCUUUCGAUGUGAGCAGCUCUAGCUUUCCUACUCUGGGAACAAUAACGUAUUUUUUAAAUUUGAAUAACGAAAAUGUUCUUUUGUUUGAAUACGGACGUAAGCAUUAUCUUUAUAUAAUACCGCGUGCAUGUUUAACUAACAGUUACAGUUUUCAUAACGAGAAAUUUUGCUCAAAUGGAAAAUUUCUGUAUCUGAGCAAUAAAGAAAAAUCAAGUGUAAUUAUAUACGAUCUCAACACAUUUGACUUUGAUGUCAAGGAAUGUUUUGUUAGUGACAUAGUUGCUGUAGAAAAUGGAGUUAUUUUGCUUACGGCAAAAAAUAUUCCUGAGCUUUGGAAUAAUGAUUUGACAAAACUUGUUUAUAGUUUCGAUGAACUAAAAGGUACAAAAAAAAUUUUUGAGGUGAGUGAUGUAUCAUUUGCUUGUCGAAAAACAGAUUCUUUUGUGUUUUGCAAUGUUGAAAACAAGCGAAAAGAAAUAUCAUUGAAUUUUGAAAAUUAUCGAAAUGUGUUCGUAUUUGCAUGUAGCUCUAAGUAUCACGUGUUUGCUACAGUUAAAUUUCAGGAUCAGAUAAUUUACUGUAUGUGGCAUGAAGACAAACUUAUUAAUGGUUGGGAUGAUGUAAUUAAGGAGGAAAUCGCCAAAUACUAUGGAAAUGACUUCCGUUAUAAUACUUCCGCUGCUUUUUCACCUUCAGCAGAAAAAUUAUUAAUAACUUACAAGCGUGAGCAUGUGGAAGUAUUUGAUGUUAAAAGCAAACAAAUAAUUUAUAGUUGUACUAAGGUUCUUUUUCAGCCAAAGUUUUUCUUUGUUGAUGAUAGGUAUAUAAUUAGUGAUCAAUUUUGUGAUUUGAUUGAUUUGAAAUAUUCUAAGAUUGUUAAAUUAUUUCGCCCGCGUGUGAUUAUACCUCCAGAUACCUUUUAUUACUGUCGUAAACGCAAACUUGCUUUAAUUUAUUCUUCCUUAAAGACCCCGGUACAAUGCGUAAAAAUCAUCUUGCCACGUGAAUAAAUUUGAUCUUUCAUGAUAAAAUUUCUCACCAUUUUAGAUAAGGACUUUAUUAUCUUUAAGAAAAUCUUGUUCAGUUUUUAUGCAUGAU